ACAGACGCGAGUGUUGCUAACAAGUGCAGCCUAUGUGCAUCUCAAACAUGCCGAGGUUUCUAAGUACACACGAAACCUUUCUCCUGCAAGUCGAGCUAUUUUGCUCUCAGGGCCUACAGAACUUUACCAACAAAUGCUUGCCAAGGCUUUAGCACAUUACUUUGAAGCCAAGUUAUUGCUGUUGGAUGUAACAGACUUUUCACUGAAGAUUCAAAGCAAAUACGGUGGUGCCAACAAAGCAUCUGCUUUUACGAGAUCCACUUCGGAGUCAACGCUAGAGCGGCUGUCAGGCUUGUUUGGGGCUUUUUCUGUUCUUCAACAAAAGGAGGAACCCAUAGGCACAUUAAGGCGUCAAAGUAGCGGAGUGGAUAUAAAAUCGAGGGGAGAAGGUAGUAGUGCUCCUCCAAAGCUCAGGAGAAAUGCCUCGGCCUCGGCUAAUAUCAGUAACCUUGCCUAUCAGUCCACUUCAAUCGCAGGUUCUUUCCCACACUUUUCUCUUUACCUCAAGAAGAUGCUGGCU